AGUGGAGUCUCUUUAACAAGCACACGAAGACAAUCCGAAAGCUGACCACAAAGCUUGUUUUCGCCUUUGGCAAUCAGAUAAUUCUUUCUAUCCAGAGGAAAUUUUAUUUUUUGAAGGGCUCUCAGUUCCAAUUUCUGCUUCAGUGUUUCUUCUUCUAGCGAAAAACGAAAUCUUUUAAGGUGAAAUGGCGAAGAAAGGAGGAGCUACGCUCGCUGAGGAUGCACCAUGGCGUGUAUCAUCAGUAAGACCGGUGCCUCGAAUCAGUCGCUCUCCGGUUCUUAGUAUCUCUCAAACCCCUGAGACCGAUUACGCCAUUGCCGUCAUGAAGCAUCCGAAUCCGGUGGGAGGUGGGUUUGCGAUGGACGCGGUACUUGAAUCUGCAGGACCCGAAUGUGUUGUUCCUGGCCAAGUCACGCCUCUUCGGCUGCUUGGUCUUAAGGUGUGGCCUGUUGAAGUUGAUCUUAAAUUUCUGGAACCAGUGGGGAAAGAGCUGAAAAUGCUUGGGAAGUUCAUGGACAACGCUGUCGACCUGAUGAAUAAGUCCUUCAUCGACCGUUAAGCACCAUGAAAGAUUGUACACGCCUGGAGUUUUGGAAUUGCGGGAGAACUGUCUAGUCGCCGGAACUUGUUAGAGGCAGAGAAUGAUUUGAUCUUAUAGCAAAGUUCAAUAUGGUGUGUGUAUAUAGAGGGUUUUCUUAUUGACUAUUGUUACAGAAAAAAAUCUAUACGCUACCAAAAUCAUUGGUUUGAAAUGAAUUACAGUUUUAAAGGAUGUCUUUUCAAAGAUUA